AUGAAAGAAAGCGACAGUUAUGAAAUUGAUGACGGUACUACUCUGGAGCUCGUCGACAAUAUUGAUAUCGACUUUACGCCUGAUGAUAAUAGUAGCGACUCCGGUUCCAAAUUUACUGCAUUUACGUUGGACUAUAUGAGAAAAGUUGUAGAUUUUGCUCGGCCGGGUAUCGUAUUCACAACAGUACAACGUGAAUUUCCACGCGUAAAAUAUCCAAUGCAAUUAGCACGAUUUCGAGAACAUGUGGAAAACGAUGGAAAUCGUCGACAAAAACUAUCUCGCCUUGAAUUGUCCGUUCUUGAAAAGUUUAAACAAGCACGCGAUACAAAUUUGCCGGUUCACGAUACAGACAUCCGACGAUGGUCAUUAACUCAAGCUGCAGUGGAAGGUAUCGAUAAUUUCCUCGCUAGCGAUAAAUGGUUGUCGAAUUUUAAACGACGAAAUUGGCUCCAGGAAAGUCACGAAAUUUGUUGCAAAACAUGA